AUGAAGUUUCUCGCUUUGAUAUCAGGCGGUAAGGAUUCAUUCUACAAUCUACAGCAGUGUUUAAGCCAGGGACACGAACUAGUUGCCUUGGGGAAUCUCCAUCCACAACAGCAAGAUGAGAUUGAUUCAUUCAUGUUCCAGACUGUAGGACACGAUGUAAUACCCUUCUAUAGCGAGUGCCUCGAUGUUCCACUUUAUAGAGAACCCAUACUUGGCUCUUCUGUUAAUCAAAAACUAGAAUACCUGUAUACAGCAGAAGACGAGAUUGAAGAUUUGUACCGGUUAAUUGCAAAAGUUCAGCAGAAACACCGCGAUCUUGAAGCUGUUAGCUGCGGUGCCAUAUUGUCGCAUUAUCAGCGAACCAGGGUCGAGAAUGUGUGUGGUCGACUCAAAUUGACCUCGUUGACUUAUUUGUGGCAGAGGAACCAAAACGACUUGAUGCUUGAGAUGUGCCAGAGUGGCCUCGAUGCCAGGAUCGUCAAAGUUGCUGCAAUUGGCCUCAAUGCCAGCCAUUUGGGGAAACUGAUUAGUGACAUGUAUCCUCAACUUGGAAAGUUGAAUCUGAUGUAUGACGUGCACAUCUGUGGAGAAGGUGGAGAAUUUGAAACGAUUGUGUUCGACAGUCCCGUUUUCAAGCACAAAAAAUUGGAAAUUGUUGAUCAGCAGGUUGUGCGGCACGAGGGCGAUGUUUAUUACUUGAAGUUUGCUGUUCAGUUGGUGGAUAAAGAUCAGGAACCUGCUGCUGAAUCCAACAUUACUCCACCAGUUUUGGAGGAUAGCUGGGUGGAGUUUGUGGACGAAGCAGAGUUGGCGGAAACAAGGAUCCAACAGCUGCGGCAGAACCAGCACGACAUCUCCUUUCCUCUAAAGAAAGUUCUGGCUGCUGUUGUUGUUGCUGUUGUUGAAACGCCGACCAAGUUGUUCAUCAAUAAUCUCACUGCAACAGCUUCAACAACCAUUGAGGACCAAACGAGCGAAGUUUUCAACCAAUUGCAGGAAACUCUCAGCAAGAACCAUCUCACUUUCAACAACAUCCAGCAUGUAAACAUUUUACUUUCGGACAUGUCCUUGUUUGGCCGCAUGAAUGCAAUUUAUGGCUCCUACUUUACAAACCUUUACUUGCCACCAUCCAGAAUUUGCGUUGAGACAAACAUCCCCACCUCUGCACUUUUACAACUAUCAUGCGUCGUUUUGAAACACAAAGGCCCUAAACUAGGUAUACAUAUCCGUUCUAGAUCAUACUGGGGUCCGCAAAACAUUGGGCCGUAUUCACAAAGCAUCGUUGACUCAAACCUGUCUUGCAAAGUAGCAAGUUUAUCGGGCCAAAUACCGCUUGUUCCAGCUAGCAUGGCAUUAUCCACGAGUGGUGGAAUUAAAUACAAUGCCGCAUUAUCACUUCAGCAUUUGACGAGAGUGCAAAACUUGGUUGGAGUCACUAAACCGGCUGCGAUUAUCUGCUUCGUUACCGAUUGCGCGAGCAUACCCACAGUUUGCGCUUGCUGGAAUCAUUAUGUGGAGCAAGAGGGCAAGCGGGAAAAUGCAAGAAAAAACCUUGUCAUUGUGGAAGUAAGUGGACUUCCCCGUGGUGCAGAUGUUGAAUGGGGUGGGUAUUCAUUCGAAGAAGUUGUGUCGAUGUACGAAGAUGAAGAAGAAGAAGUAGAUGAUGAUGGUGGUGAACAACAGGCGCCAGAUUUCCUGGAUUUCGAAAACUCCAGCACCAUCUCCAUCACCAAUGGCACAACCAAAUUUCUGGUUCUAUUCACAUCAAACGCAGACAAGGUCAAGUCCUUUCUCCUCACUUUGAAUAACACCCUGUCAGCACAACUACUAACAACCGCCACACCACCCAUUCUUGAUUCAUCCGCGGAGUACAUUCCAGUCAAGAGGAUCUUCAACUACGCAGGUGACGAAUUUAGAUAUUCUAUAAUACACAGACAAGAAAUGGUCUAG